AUGCCUCGUGAGGCGGAACUGUCCAAUAUUGAGAGAACUUUCAUCCUCGAAGCUCUUGCUCAAAACAUCCGGCUUGAUGGUCGCGCCCGUGACGAUUUCCGAAAUCUUGAUGUCUCAUUCGGCGAUGAUUAUGGAGCUUGCGCUGUGCAGCUGGGUAAGACAAAGGUGAAUACUCGUAUAUCCGCCGAAGUAACCAAACCCUUCGAAGAACGCAAGUUCGAUGGCAUUUUCACCAUCACGACCGAGCUGAGCCCUUUGGCUUCGCCAGCAUUUGAAACAGGCCGACAGACGGAACAGGAAGUGAUUGUAUCCCGGAUCCUAGAAAAGGCAAUUCGGCGCUCCAAUGCAAUAGACACCGAGUCACUCUGCAUUAUUGCUGGUGCAAAAUGUUGGUCAAUCCGUGCAGAUGUGCACGUCUUGGAUUACGAUGGCGGUCUUGUUGACGCCAGCUGUAUCUCUAUCAUAGCAGCUCUACAACACUUUCGAAGACCUGAUGUCUCCAUAGACGGGGAGAAUGUGACCAUCUAUUCGUUGGCUGAGCGCGAACCAGUACCUUUGAGUCUCAUGCACCAUCCUAUCUGUAUCACAUUCAGCUUCUAUCAUGGAGGAGAAACAGUGCUCUUAGACGCUACACUGCACGAAGAGCAAGCUAGAGAUGGUGAAAUGAUCGUCACAAUGAACAGACAUGGAGAGUUGUGUCAAAUCGCAAAGCUCGGAGGUGUUUCUGUGGACGCCCUGAUACUACUAGGUUGCAUGAAUAUGACAGUAACGAAAGUGAAAGAUAUCACGGAGCUCAUAUCGACCAAGCUCAGAGAAGACGCGACACAGAGGGACGUUGGUGGGCUUAUCGCUGAACUCAGUGCCCAGAACGAUCGGUGA